AUGCUGAUUUCUAAAAUUAGUAGAAGCACAAGAUGUUUGUUUUUCUGUUCAGUGACUAGGAACAAGGGAACGUCUACGGAUCCAGUUCAGCAGCUAUUUGUUGAAAAAAUACGAGAGUAUGCAAAGAGGUCCGCUGACGGUAAACUGGUAGAUCCCAAUCCGAUUAUCCUGAAGGAAUUGGAGAGAGAACUUGGGAAGUUGGAAACGCAAUAUGGAGGGGGUCCCGGGGUGGACAUGACUGCAUUUCCAACAUUCAAAUUUGAUGAGGCGAAAGUAGAUCCCAUUGAUGAUGCGAUCGCUAAAAAGUCAAAAAGUAAGCAGAAAAGCGAAAACAAAAAAGGUGGUCCCGGAAAGUAG